CGGCCAUAUUAGUUCAGUUCAUUCUUUCACGCGAUUGUGUUCAUAGUAAGACGCGCUCACAUAACGUUAUAUUCAUUAUUUUAUAUUUUACAGUGAUGUUGAUGUAAGGCACUGCAGUGUUUAAAGCAGCUCUAGAGUUACACCCUGUUUGCUCGGAGCGUUUCAAUACUUUUCAGUCAGAAGCUGAAGAAUGGCGAGCGCGGCAUGCACUCCGGCCGGACAGCAGUCCUUGUCCCGCGGCAGCAGCAGCACUCCACUGAGCCCCGCGCGGAUAUCCAGACUGCAGGAGAAAGAGGAUCUGCAGCAGCUUAAUGACCGACUGGCUGCUUACAUCGACACGGUCCGCAGUCUGGAGUCCGAGAACAGCGUACUGCAGCUGCAGAUCAGCGAGCGAGAGGAGGUACGGAGUCGCGAGCUUACCGGGAUCAAAUCACUCUAUGAAACCGAGCUGGCGGACGCGCGCAAGGCGCUGGAUGACACGGCGCGGGAGCGCGCGAGGUUGCAGAUCGAGUUGGGCAAGAUUAAGAGCGAGCAAGAGCAGCUACAGUACACAUAUGCUAAGAAAGACGCUGACCUCACUGGCACUCAGAUCCGACUGAAAGAAGUUGAAGCCCUGCUGAACUCUAAAGAAGCGGCGUUGAACACUGCUGUGUCCGAGAGGAAGGCUCUGGAGAACACUUUAACAGACCUGCAAGUCCAUGUCCAGGAGCUGGAGGAAGGGUUGAGCUCUGCUAAGAAGCAGCUGUCAGAUGAGACUCUGCUGCGCGUGGAUCUGGAGAACCGCUGCCAGAGCCUCGUGGAGGAGCUGGACUUCAGGAAGAACAUGUUUGAGGAGGAAAUCAAGGACACACGGCGCAGACAUGAGACGCGCCUAGUGGAGGUAGACUCGGGCCGUCAGAUGGAGUACGAGUUUAAACUGGCUCAGGCGCUUGCUGACAUGAGGCAACAACAUGACGACCAGAUCAAACUCUACAAGGAGGAGAUGGAGCAGACAUAUGUGGCCAAGCUGGAGAACGUCCGUCUGUCAUCAGAGAUGAACAGCUCUUCAGCCAGUAUGGCCCGCGAGGAGCUGCGGGAGUCCACUCUGAGAGUUGAGAGUCUGGCCGCUCAACUCGCAAACCUGCAGAAAGAGGCACGUGCUUGGCAGGAUCAGAUCAGUGAACUGGAAGCGGCUCUGAGCCGUGAGAAAGAUUUGAGCCGUAGGUUACUGGCAGAGAAGGAGCGAGAGAUUGCUGAGAUCAGAGCCAAGAUGCAGCAGCAGCUGGACGAGUAUGAGCAACUGCUGGAUGUCAAACUGGCACUAGACAUGGAGAUUAACGCUUACAGGAAGCUGCUGGAAGGAGAGGAGGAAAGGUUGAAACUGUCUCCCAGCCCCUCCUCUCGUGUGACGAUGUCAAGGGCGUCCUCCAGUCGCAGUGUUCGUACCACACGUGGGAAGAGAAAGCGCGUGGAUGUGGAGGAAUCCGAGGCAAGCAGCAGUGUCAGUAUCGCUCACUCUGCAUCUGCAACUGGAAAUAUCUGCAUUGAUGAGCUAGAUGUGGAUGGCAAGUUCAUCCGCUUGCAUAACAGCUCUGAGCAGGAUCAACCCAUGGCAGGAUUUCAGCUGACUAGAACUAUUGGUGAUGUUUCUGCUGUGUAUAAAUUCACUGCUAAAUACAUCCUGAAGGCUGGACAGAAAGUGACGAUCUGGGCAUCUAAUGCAGGCGUGAGCUCCAGCCCUCCUGCUGACCUGAUCUGGAAGAACCAGAGCUCAUGGGGGAGUGGGGAGAACAUUAAAGUGGUUUUGCUGAGCCCAGACGGAGAGGAAGUAGCUGUGAGGAGCACAGUAUUCAAGACUGCAGUGGAGGAAGAAGAGGAGGAGGAAGAAAAGGAAACUGAAGUUGAGGAGCAUUUCUUUCAGCAGGGAGAUCCACGUACUGCCAAGAGAGGUUGUUUGAUCAUGUGAAGAACAUUUCAGCCAAUCAGAGCUGCCAGCUUAACCACCAUAAAGCUUCCUGUGUGGUCUGUUUUCUGAGUGAAGUGUUUUUUUUUUUUUUUUUUUUUUUUUUUUUUGGGUUUAUGCUUGUAAAAUCUCUCUUUCAGUUUUUGUGAAUGUUUAUCAGCUUAAAUUUAAUGAACCAAAUGUUUUUUUUCAUGUGUGAAUUGUAAUUGAGGAUGUUUUUCUGAACUUGUCUACAACAGAUUCUGUGACUAACCCUUUUUUUUAUCAUGUUUAUAUUUUAUAAGAUGGCAUUUUAGGUCUUUCUUAUAGAUGUUUUUAUAAUGGCUAAUAGUUUUAGUGAAGUUAUUACAGACAGUAGACACAUUUGCAUGGUAGUUUGAAUAAUGUUAAAGUUUAUCAUUGUAUUUAAAGCAGCUGUUCAAAAGUAAUUCACUACACAAUCACAGGGCCUAAAACGUCUCUUCAGCAGCACGUGAUUGCUCGACUAACCUGUCAACUGAACAAUUCCAACUGUCAGACUUCAUUGUUUUGUAAGCACAUUAUUUUUUUUUAUGAGAAGUGACUUUUUUUCCCUCCAUUGUUGGAUCAGUGAAUAUUCUCUGUAUAUGAGGUCUAGGGUGUUUAUUGGAUAGGAUGUACCACCCAAGUCUCAAACUGCUGCAGUUUUGGGUCUUAAACACAUUUCUUUUACUGUAUAUUGGCACUCGGAUGCAGCACGUCUCCUCCAUAGAGGAUUGUUGUUUGAGCCAUUGGUCAUGCCAGCAGACCCUGAAAACACUGCCUGCUUAUAUGAUCAGUUAUUACAGUGUGCAAGCUAUUAAACCUCAAGAUUCAGUACUGUAUUUUUUUUUUUUUUUUUUUUUUAACGGAUCAGGUUGUUAGAGCGGAGAUGCUGAAGUUGUAUUUUGUACUGCUUUUGUCUGUACUAUCUAACAAACACUAGCCUUACACACAUUUUGAUUUAACCUUUUAAGAAUUGUCACUUGCAUGCUUUUUGUUUUGCUGCAGCCUUUAUAUUUUUUAAAUGAUUAAAUAAAGUGUUGAUUGAAUAUA